AUGUAUAAGGAUAUUACAAUUUUUUUAAAAGUAUAUUUUAGAAUGGCUGAAAUAACUAUUAGCGUCGUUAGUAGUAAUCGUGAUCACUUGAAAAAAGAGUGCAUUGAUGCAUAUUUACAACUGAAUGAAUUACAAAUUUAUAAAAAUGGUGAAACUUAUAAUACAAAUAUAUGCAAUGAAUGUAAAAAAUUUAAUGAGUUAGAAAUAGGGUUAAAUAUUAAGUUAGAGGCAUGUGUUGUUGAAGGGUAUGUGCCAGAUGUUUUAUAUAAUGAACAAUCAGUAAAUGAGCUUCGUAAAAGAUGUGAACGUAUAUCUGAAUGUAAUAAUAAUGGCGUACCUCCUGUUCAACAAGAUUUAAGGUCAAAUUCGAACACACUAAAUUCUCAUGGAAAAAAUCAAAAUGAAUUUAAUGGACACGAACCAGAAAAAAAAAACUUUUCACAAGAGCAUCAUGACAAAAAUACUCAGUCUCAUUCGGAUGAAGGUAAAGUUGAAGAAACUACAUUUAUAUUUAAUCAUCAGUCAGGUACAUCUGUAGAAAGAGACAUACACACUGCGCAAAGGUCUGGCUCAGAUGAGCAAGAAAUUAGUACAUUAGUUACUCGUUCAAGUGAUAGUUCUUCACAAACCAUCCAUGAAGGGGAUCCUGAUUUAAUUAGUGUUUCUCAAGAAACUUCUUCAGAAACAAAAACUAAUUAUAGCGGCGUACAUGAUCUAGCUACAGGUGAUAAUCCCCAUCAUAUGAAAAGUGGUGAUGAUAGUGAUAAAGUCAAUGAAGAUCCGCAUAGCCAUGGACCUGCUAAUAAGGUUUCAGAUAGUUUAUCUGUUUAUAGUCAAGACUCUGCUCCUGAAGAACAUCGUGGUGACAAUUCCGUGCAGAGUAUUACUAAUUCACUAGGACUUAAUAAUGUAGAGUCUGGUCGUAUAGGCAUCAUUAUUCCAUCAUCUUCUCAUGCAUAUGGUGAUAAUAUAAAUACUGAUGCAAAAGGUUCGGGCGAUGCAACUUCUAGUGAAAUUCAACAUAGUGAUUCAUCCCUUUCCAGUGAAGGCGCUCUUAGUCGGGAUACUCAGGAAAUCUGUGCUGUUGAAGGAACCCAUGUUUACCCACCUGGUUGUAGCGAAGGUUAUUACGAUAAAGACAGGGAUAAGGAUCCUACUGAUAGUCAUACAUCUCAUAAUCGAGCUCAAGAAGAAAAUACAUCAGAAAAUGGAAGUGCACAUACUGUAGUUAUGUCUUCUAACGAAAACUUGAAAAAUUCUAGUGAUUUUUCGGUUAUAAUUGACAAAGAUGCUUUACGUGAAAUAAGUAAUUUAGGUGAACCAAAUGGUUUAAGCGUAACUAAACCUACAGGGAAUAUACAUUCCACAGGAAAAGGUAUUGUAUCAGAUGAGUCUAAUGUAGAUACUCAAGAAAUACCAUAUAAAAAAUAUAUCAUAAUGAUAAUAGUGCCAUUGGCAAUUAUUUUAUUAUGCAUACUUCUUAUAAAAUAUACCCCUUUGGGAACGCUCUUUACAAAAAAAAAACGGAAGAAAAGAAAAGUUAUGAAAGAAAAAUUACAGGUGCUAUUAGAACCUUCGCUUGCAAGUGAAAGACGUAUACAGUUGGCAUAUAGCUUUUCUGAUCAUUAA